UCUUAUUACUGAGAAAAAACAGAAAAAAGAAAAUAUGCCAAAGAUUACUAUAGAAACUUCUAAAGGCCAAAAAAGUAAAACAGCAGAACUUGAAGAAGAAAACUUGUCUUCAGUCACUUUUUUGAGCAAUAAAGAUCAAAUUUCAGAUGAACAAACAAAACAAACAACAUGUAAAAAGCCUAUAUCCAAUUAUAAACUAAAAAACAAAAAUACUAUGAACAACUCUAUGGAAAAACUUAAAACAAUGAACACAGAAGAUGAUAACAUUGUAAUGCAAAACAAAAUAACAUCAGACACAGAGAUGUCAACAAGCAACAAUGAACAAGAAAAAUCAACUGAGAACAAGCCAAAUAUGGAACAUGAAAAUAUACCAGUGGACUCACUUGCAAGUUUGUACAACAAUAUAUGGGCAAACAAUACUGAUCCUACAGAUAAAGAGAAUGAACAAGAUUUUACAGUAGUUUCCAAAAAAAAGCAUAGAAAUAAAAGCAGAAUUGCAACCCCAAAAGUGGGAAGAACUACAGUCCUAAAAAUAUCAGCUUCCUAUACAAAAGCCAGAGAACUGCAAUAG